GAACGGGCACAACGGGCUCCGCUCCGUGUUUACGUUCAGACGCUCACAACAAAGGACGGUGCACCGCGGACCGGGCUGUCAUUUUUUAACAAAAAACACCGAGGAUACCGCAGAGUGACGGGGAGCAUUCAACUCGCAACCCCGGUGAAGAGGAGAGGAAAUAACACCGGUGCUCAUCUGCUUACAUUUUUUGUAAUUUUUUUUUUUAAUCUUUUAAACGGUUUUACUUUUCCUUUUUUUUUUUCUUUUUUUUUUAUCUUUCCAGCAAAAAAAAAAAAAGAAAAGAAAAGAAAGUGGGACGAAAUUAAGACGGAAUUUUAUCUUUUUUUUGGUAUUAUAAUAUAAUUUGUUUAAAGCCGGGUUGUGGAGCGACAGCCAGCCAGGCAGCAGCAGCUGGUGGAGGCGGAGAAGCUAGCAGCACCCGACAAAAGGACUUCAUCAUUCACAUCGCAGGCGAGAGGAGGACACAUGAAGCAUGAGAGGGUGAAACUGAGACUCAGCUGACCCUUCCCCUUCCUCCUCCUCCUCCUCCUCCUCCUCCUCCUCCUCCUCCUCUUCCUCUCCCCGUGUCCUCCAUUCACUCAGCACCCUCCCUUCCCUUCCCUUCCCUCCCUCCCCUUCCUCUCCCCUUCCUGUGUCCCUCACCCUGUUGGACAUCACCCAUCUCGCCUCCCCUCCUCCUCCUCCUCCUCCUCCUCCUCUUCCUCCUCUUCCUCCUCCGACCUCAAUCAGCCCGAUGUUCUCCCCGGAGCAGGAAAACAUCUCCACCACCGCCUCCACCAAAGUGCCAGUGAAGUAUGGCGAGCUCAUUGUGCUGGGGUACAACGGCUCUCUGCCCAACGGGGACCGAGGCCGACGUAAGAGUCGCUUUGCACUCUGCAAGAGACCGAAGUCAAACGGGGUGAAACCCAGCACAGUUCACAUCGCCUGCUCUCCACAGGCAGCCAAGGCCAUAAGCAACAAAGACCAGCACAGCAUCUCCUACACUCUGUCUCGAGUCCAGACGGUGGUGGUGGAGUACAACCAGGACAGCAACAAAGACAUGUUCCAGAUCGGCCGGUCGACGGAGAGCCCCAUAGACUUCGUGGUGACGGACACGGUGGCCGGCAGCCAGAGCAACGCGGACACCCAGUCGGUCCAGAGCACCAUCUCCCGCUUCGCCUGCCGCAUCAUGUGCCAGCGGACGCCGCCUUACACCGCGCGCAUCUACGCCGCGGGCUUCGACUCCUCCAAGAACAUCUUCCUCGGGGAGAAGGCUGCUAAGUGGAAGACGCCCGACGGUCAGAUGGACGGUCUGACCACCAACGGCGUGCUGGUGAUGCACCCGCAAAACGGCUUCACGCAGGACUCCAAACCCGGCGUCUGGAGGGAGAUCUCCGUCUGCGGCAACGUGUUCACGCUGCGGGAGACCCGGUCGGCGCAGCAGCGGGGGAAGAUGCCGCCCUCCUCCUCUGCUCAAUCUGCAGAGCAAUCUGCAGAGCAAUCUCCAGAGCAAUCUGCAGAGCAAUCUCCAGAGCAAUCUGCAGAGCAAUCUGCAGAGCAAUCUCCAGAGCAAUCUCCAGAGCAAUCUGCAGAGCAGAGAACCCGGGAUGGGUGCAUGCCUGGAAGAUGUUUUUGUCUGCAGGGCCUAGGAAAAAGGGUGGAGGCGGAGAGCCAGGAGCUGGUGGACGGCUCCCUCAUCGACCUCUGCGGCGCCACCUUGCUGUGGCGCACCGCCGAGGGCCUGUCGCGCACCCCCACCCUCAAACACCUGGAGGCGCUGCGGCAGGAGAUCAACGCGGCGCGGCCGCAGUGCCCCGUGGGCUUCAACACGCUGGCCUUCCCCUCCAUGCGUCGCAAGGACACGCCGGACGAGAAGCAGCCGUGGGUCUACCUCCAGUGCGGCCACGUGCACGGCUUCCACAACUGGGGCCACCAGCGCGAGGAGCGGGAGGGCCGCGAGGGCCGGCAGCGCGAGUGCCCCAUGUGCCGCGCCAAGGGGCCCUACGUGCCGCUGUGGCUGGGCUGCGAGGCGGCCUUCUACGUGGACGCCGCGCCGCCCACGCACGCCUUCAGCCCGUGCGGCCACGUGUGCUCGGAGAAGACUGCGGGCUUCUGGAGCCAGAUCCCGCUGCCGCACGGCACGCACACCUUCCACGCCGCGUGCCCGUUCUGCGCGCAGCAGCUGAGCGGAGAGCAGGGCUUCGUCCGGCUCAUCUUCCAGGGGCCCCUCGACUGAGCGCCGGCUUCCCCAGCAUGCUUUGCGCGAAGAACCUGGAAGCGGCACCGACUUUGGGUUUUUCUUUGCUAUAAAACUUUUUCGCCUCUUUUUUUAUGUUGUCUCUCCCUCAUUUUUAAGUGACCUUUGUAUUGAUUUUUUUUUUUCACGAAUGACAACAAAACAAAAAAAAGAAAAGAUUUCUAUAUUUUCACGUGAAAACCAGAGACACACAAAAAAACAAACAGAAUCCCUCCGGGGUAAAAAACAAACAACACUUUUUGUUUGUUUUCUCGGAAAAGAACUUUCAGCAAAAACUCGUAUUUUUCUAAAUUACUAAACACGCGUAACGCGCAGGUUUUUAUUCAUGUUUAUUGUUGCAAUAUACGUCUGUGUACAUCUCUCAAGAGCUAAUUUAAACAAAGUUUAUUUAUGGCCCCGUGAACCUCCGGUUUCACCCUUUUAUCCGUCGAUUCUAUUCAGCGUGUUCAUUUUUAAAAUACAGUUUAUCGUCGAGCAGAUUUAAAGUUUUUUUUUAAAUGUCUUCUGAGGGUUUUCGUCCUUCUCCUCAUUCGGCCCUCAGAUCUGUUUGUCGUAUUUAUAUAUA